AUGUUGUUCGGUCGCAGUUUAGUCAGAUUCCAAAGAACCGCUUUCCAAGGUGUUCGUUUCAAUUCUACCUCCAAAGUGCAAUCCACUGCUUCUGGUUUGUCUUCCAAGGUUUCAUUUCUUAUCAACCAAACUGUCUUCUGGGGUAAGGUUGUUGCUGAACUCGGUAAACAAGUAUAUGUCAAGGAAGGUUUGGCUCCACCAAAGGUCAAGGACUUCGAAACCGUUUACAAGAGCUUGUACGCCCAAGCUUUACAAUAUGUCAAGAACCCACAAAAGGUUUUGGAUUUGUCCAAGAGUUUCAAAAUCACCAAAGAAUGUGUUGUAAAAUAUGGUGCUAUUGGUGUCCAACUUUUUGGUUUGUUUUCUUUGGGUGAAAUUAUUGGCCGUCGUAAGGUAUUUGGAUACCCAGUCUUUGGUCAUGAAGAGCACAGUCACUAG